UUCUUGUUCGAUCCCUUUUUUCUCUCCUCUUGCAUUUCUUUGAAUUUUCUCAACCUUAAUUUUUUUCACAUUGUGAUGUGUGUGUAAUCUCUGAUUUAUGCAGUUGCAUGUGGGUUUUAAUUUUAUUUCGACUGUUUGGGGUUUGUUUAUGGAAUAGCGUACUAUCAUCUUGAGGAACUCAGUUUUAUUUUAAUCAUUGUCUUUUAGUGACUAUUCUCCCCCUUUUCCUAUUUAAUGUUUCUGUUGCUGAGUUGUGCUUUGAGCUUUCCAUUUGCCUUCUCAUGCUUUCUCGUUCCGGCCCUUGGAGUCAAAAUUAUGGAUUUGCGCUGAAUUUUUUACAAGAUUUUUGGACUUCUUGCAACUUUUUCGACUUUUGUAAUUGUCUCUUUACAACUGCAGCCCAAUAAUUUUAAUGUGCUCGUGGUGGUACUUUGGUGGAAAUUAAAGGUUCCUUUCUUGGAAAAAUGAAGGAUGAUGUGGCCUUUGUGGUAAUGGAGUAUGUGUAGAGUUACAAGAAUUGGUUGGCUGAUGAAUUUUGAAUCCGUUGUUUAUUAUCUCAAUUACAAGGAAGAGUCGAGGCUUUCUUGUCUAGCCAAUUGCUGUUUUAGUACCAAGUCGUAGCAUUCUUAUUGCACAAGGAAGCACCUCUUAAGGCAAUAGGAGUAUAGGACAGGUCUUCUUCAGGCAGUUAGGUGAAACCCUUUAGGCAAUAAAGAGAUUAUGUUGAGGAAUAGUGGAAAUCAAACAAUUUCUUAUUCCUCCAAUGAGAACGGAUUAAUGCAAUGAUUGGAGUAUGCAGAAAAAGACAACCAAAACGGCCACACAUUUUGCAAUAAUAGUGUUAGAUAUAUGUCUUAUUCAUUUUCUCCAUUGUAUCAUAAGACAAUUGAUAUUUUUCAUCUUAUGUCACUUUUCCUUUAAGGAAACAACCAAUGGCAGUGAUUGCAAUACACUCAAUGAUACAGCCAACGUUGGCAUAUACCUGUGCUGAUGCCUUUGUCAGGAAACACUAUGCUCAUCUUUCUACCAAGCUAUGGAUGUGCUACUUAUGUGUCUGGUGACUUGUCUGAUAUUUAAACAAGAAGUUUGGACGUAACAGAUGUCUUCCUCAGAAUCUGAAGAGAUGGUAUGUCAGCAAUGUGGUGAUAGAGGAUUCACUAAUGCCUUUGUAUACUGUGUCAAAUGUCUAGAUGUUGCUUUGCAUCGCUACUGCCUGGCUGUAAUACCAAAGACAUUCGAUGAAUUUGUUCGUUGGGUUUGUCAUGACUGUGAAGUGGAAGAGCAAAACUCAUCUGCUACCCACAAGCAUGGUAACAUUCAGUUCCAAGCUAGAGACCCAACGGCCUCAGAACAUAUUAAAGGUUUCUCUAGAGUUGGAACAAAGAAAAAUGAUGUACUGACGGUUGACACAGAGGAGCCUGUUUAUUACCAGCACAGACUUGGCAGUAACUCUGAGAGACCUCAUGAGAAAUGUGCAAACAUUAUCAGUGACCGCUCUAAAUUGGUAAGUGAUUUCACACCAUCCGCAGAACCGACGAAAAAUAAGGCCACUGUGCAAAGAGAUCACAGGUGUUUCUCACACCAACCUCGUGAAUCAGAUCCUGAGCCUAGUGCAACAGAGCAUCCUGUUUUAUCAUGCAACAGAUCUUUGAAAAGUCCAAAAGAAAAGAAAAUUGUUGGGUCUUCUGAAGCUAAUUUGGAGGGUCGAAGGCAUAGAACUUUCUCUGCUAAACAAUACAAGGAAAAUAAGCAGCUUGACCUAGAAAAUCAGAGCUCUAACACGAGUACUUUGGAAAGGGACACCAAUCAUAAUGAGAACAGCGAAUCAGCAGUUAGCAAUUUCUGCAAAGAGUUCCCAAUAGAUUCAAGUAUCUCAUCAAUGGUUGGUAGCAGUACAAGUGCUGAACCAGUGAUCACGCCAAUUUGGAGGGGAAGUUUUAGUAUAUGGAACGAAAAAGAUGAUGUGCUUGAUGGGUUCGUAGCUCACUUGUCUAGCAGAGCAUGCCAGAAAGUAUACGAGGAGGCGUGUCAGUUCCAACCAGUGCUUCACCUGGAAAAGCUUCCCAGGCCCUAUGUCUGGCCAAAAAGUUUCGAGACAUCAGAACCCAGUGCUGAAAAUAUUGCACUCUAUUUCUUCCCAUCUGAGAUAAGAUACGAACGAGCUUUUGACCACUUGGUGGAUGAAAUGAUGCAUAAUGAACUUGCCAUGAGAGCUGUUUUGCAGAAUGCUGAGCUUCUGGUUUUUACCUCCACCCAACUACCUCUGCAGUACUGGAGAUUUCAGGACAAGUAUUAUCUAUGGGGAGUAUUUAGGGGAAAGCAGCAUUUGAGAUUACGUCCUCAAUCAUGCGGACGGGAGUCGAGGUACAAGCCCAGAAUGCAUGCAGAUUUUUGGAAUGAUACUGAGGGCAAAGUUGCUGAGAAAAUGAAGAGUUUUGGCAGUCAAAGUCCUCUAAGUCCACUGAGCAACUGUGGGAGUUAUGGUUCAGGCAGUUGUUGAGCUUGUUAUGUGGGAAUAUAUAACAUGUUAAAAUGUCUGAAUCUCUGUGAUGCAAGCAUAUGCCAAGAUUUCAGCACAAUGACCCCACAGUACUGAUGUUGUACAACUCACAUCUCAUGAAUUUUCGGCCCAUUUUGCAUGGCCAUUUCUAGACAA